GUAAAUUUAGUAAAUUUAUUAUUAUUGGUAAAUUUUACUAAAUAAAUAUUUAAUUCUUAAUUUCUAAUUUUUGAUAUUUCAGAAUUCCAGACUUACGAGUGUUGUAAUUCUUUAAAAAAAAUUAGUAUAAUUACCAUUAAUUUGUUUUAUUAAUGGAAAAGUCAAUAAGAAAUACAGGUUCAGUAUGAUAUUAGAAUAUCUAACCGCUUUUCAUCUUCAAGAUUGUCUAAAUAUUUUGUCACAAAAGGAUACUCUUGCAUAUUACAGUAUAAAAAUUGAUUUUCUAAAGCUGUUUGAAUCAUAUCCGGAUGUGGGUGACAGUGUUUUAUGCAGUCCAGUAAAUACUUUGUCUACUUGUAACAAUGAUAUUAUCAAAGUACAACAAACUCUAAUAGAAAAAGAUGAACAUAAGAAUGUAAUUUCAAAGCUAGAUCACUAUUCUAUAAAAAGGAAUGUCAAUGCAAGAUUUUAUGGGUUACCUGUGUGUCCAGAGCUUCAUAGAACUAUAUUUCCAAAGAAUGUUGAUUUAGGUUGUUUUCUGAAGGUUUCAGGAACUGUUGUCCGUGUGACUCAAUCAAGAAUGCUGGAAUAUCAACGAAAGUAUGUUUGUAUGAAAUGUAAAUACGAAAAUAUGGUAGAGGCAGAAUUUGAAAACAGAUACAUAUUAAAAGCACCAAGGAAAUGCCAAAAGACAGACUCAAGGUGUAAAUGUGCUACAUUUACACAAGUCAAUCUUGUUUCGAGAGAAUACUGUAAAGAUUAUCAAGAAAUAAAAAUACAGGAGCAAAUCAAUAAAUUGAACAUAGGCACCAUACCUGGUUCAAUGUGGGUUAUUUUAGAAGAGGAUUUAGUAGAUUCCUGUAAACCUGGGGAUGAUGUUAUGAUUUGUGGCACAGUUCGUCGCAGAUGGAGACCAUCAACACAAAAUAAAUGUUCUGAUGUUGAACUAGUGUUGCAUGCAAAUUAUAUUGAAGUGAGUAAUUCACAAAGGGCUGAAGUAAUUGCAAGUGCUCCCGAUGUCAAAGACUGUUUCAAUGAGUUCUGGGAAAAAUAUGCACAAUGUCCUUUGAAAGGCAGAGACCAAUUGUUGGGAAGUGUAUGUCCACAGGUGUAUGGGCUUCAUCUCGUGAAACUGGCGGUACUUUUAACGGUAAUAACUGGCUCAAACCAUAAUAUAGAGAGUGAGUUGGAUAAACAGCACAAAGUCUGUGAUGAUGGACAUUCCACCCAUGUCCGUGGCCAAUGUCAUUUACUCUUGGUGGGUGAUCCAGGUACUGGCAAAUCGCAGUUACUUCGCGCCGGCGCUGAGCUGACUCCGCGCUCCGUGUUCACGUCUGGCGCGGGCAGCACCAAAGCUGGACUUACCUGUGCUGCUCUCAGGGAGAAUGGAGAAUGGCAACUGGAGGCGGGUGCACUAGUGAUGUCUGACGGCGGAGUUUGUUGUAUCGAUGAAAUAUCGCAUCUACGGGAUCACGAUAGAACAGCGAUACACGAGGCUAUGGAACAACAGACUAUAUCAAUAGCUAAGGCUGGUAUUGUUUGCAAACUCAACACCAGAUGUGCUGUGAUAGCGGCGUGUAACCCUAAAGGACAUUAUCAGACCGACCAGCCUCUGAGUGUUAAUGUGUCACUGGGAACACCAUUACUAAGUAGGUUUGACUUGAUAUUUAUAUUACUAGAUUCAAAGAACAAGGCGUGGGAUAGAUUAGUAUCUUCAUACAUUUUGUUCAAUGGCAGUAAUUCAACAGUCUCGAAAAAUAUAUGGAGUAUUGAGAAAUUGCAGCUAUACAUCAGUUUAAUAGGACCUCGAAAAACAAAGAUGACAAAGUCUGCAAACACUAUAUUGCAGCGUUAUUAUAUGAUGCAAAGAAAAUCUGAAAACAGGGAUCCUUCGCGAACAACUGUUAGAAUGCUAGACAGCCUUGUUAGGUUAUCACAAGCACAUUGUCGCCUAAUGUAUCGUACUACUAUUCUACCAGUUGAUGCCAUAAUGGCAAUAUCAUUAGUAGAUCUCUCCAUGCAGGAUUGCACAUUAACAGAUACUGUAGAUGCCCUCCAUUCAACAUUUCAGAAAUAUCCAGACUAUGAUUUCCUGUGUUUGGCAAAAAAAUUGCUUACUCAACUCAAACUUCAUGAUAUAUGGAAAGAGGAAUUAUUGUACUACGCAAAACAAUUCAAAAUUGAUCAUGUUACACUAGAAAAUGAAAUAAACAUUGGAAGCUCUAAAUUGUUUGCAAAAUAUGAUGAAUUGGAAGAUAAUAACAUACCACUCUCAGCUUCAAUUGUGACUAGUACAUACUUUAAAAAACCUGAUAUUAAUGUGGAUAAUAGAGUUGAAAAUACUAAUAAAGAAAAUGUUGUAAAUAAUAGAUUAGUUGAAACAUUAAAAAAACAUGCAACUUUAAAUAAAGAAGAAAGAAAACCUCCAACUACACAGAAAAAGAGUGUAUCCAAGCGAAAACGAAAAGAAGUAGUGAUCAGUACAAACAAUUUAAAAUUUAACAGUUGCAAGAAAAAUAAGAAAGCUAAAAUAAAUACAUCAAUUGAAUCAGAAAGUGAUAUUGAGGAUUAUGAUGUAAAUAAAAUAUUAAAAGGUGUACCCAGUGUAAAUGAUGCUUUCAGUGAAUUGGGAAUUGAUUUUAAAAUAAGUAAAGAAAGUACUCUAGACCCCCAAAAUAAUGAAAAUAUGACUGUAGAAGUAACAGUUAAAAAAUCUAUAAACGAAAGUACAACAAUUUCAAAUAGACAAAAAUCUACUAGUGUCAAUAACACUUUGAAUAGGUUGAAACAAUUUGAGUUUAAAGGGAAGAGUGAUUAUGAUAAUUUAAUUAGUGAUGCAAAAAUCAAACAAGAAACAUCAAUUCAACUAACUCAUAAAGAGCUAGAAUCAAAAAAAGAGGGAAAGAGUGAAAAUGUUAUACAAAAGAAACAGUAUGUUUCAAGUUCACAAAUAUCUAUGUUUGAUAGUUCUGACUGUGAUAUUGAUUUAGAUAUUUAAGGAAUUAAGAUAAAAAUAAAUUGUGUUAAAGUAUAAUAAUGUGAAAAGAAUAUUAAAAAACAUUGAUAGUAUUUUUAUAUAUAUGUAUCUAGUUGAAAAUUCUGAUUGGUUUUCGUUUUGAGCUCAUCAAUUGUAUGAUUGCAGUAAGAAAACAACAAAAAUCAUGAUAACCUAAUUGUAUUUAAUUAUAAAUCUAUAACUUUUAACAAUUUCAUGAAAGCAUAUUGAUUUCACAGUAAAUAUGUGUAUGAAAUUUCAAGAUUUUAUUCUUCAUCAUCUGUACUUGAUUUUUUAUAUGGAUCCUGUUCAUAAUUUUCUAUCAAUAAAUUCUUAAACCGUC